AUGAUUGUGUUUGGACACAAUGAUGAUUCGACGAUGCUUGUUGGCCCAGAGAGAGAAGAAGAGAGUGGUACCAAUCAAUUAAUGAUCCCGUCAAGUUCGAACCCAGGAAUUGGUUCACUGUAUACCAUUCAGCAACAGCAUGCGUUGGCGCGUGGUGUUGCACAAACCACGCAGCAAUGCCAGCAGUCUUUACCGAUCUUGACACAUUUGGAUGGUCUUAUCAAAACAUUAGCUGAUGUUGCGCAAAGAGAUGACCUCAAACUUAAGGCUUUACAGGAAAUCAGUAACAGCUUUGAAGAGCUGUCUAAUACACCGGCCUAUCAGCCACUACUUGAAAAUCUUCUUCGUUCGUUCUUGAAGUUAUUCCAAGAUACUGUACCACAGUUUAUAGGCGAAAACAAUACACAGCAACUUCGUAAAUUGAUGUUGGAGAUGAUAUUGCGAAUGUCAUGUAAUGAUAUUGUUAAACAAUUCGCGAAGGCAAUCCAAGCACAACUCACGAAAAUAAUUCAAUCCGAAAAUGAAGAGAACGCGUUGAUCGCUAUCAAAAUCAUGGCUGAGCAUCAACGUGGAUUUCGUUUGCCGUUCUCAUCUGAGAUAACAACAAUAAUCAAUCAUUUCAAAUCGAUCUAUCGUGAAAUGCCUCAGCACAUAACAAAUGGACGAAUGUUUGAACAACGCGACCAAAUUCGUCAUUGUGGUUCAGUGAAUCCAAUGGAAGAUAGUGUUAUUGAAUCGGUGAGUUUAACACUUCUCUCUGUGUUACAGCAGAAUCAGGAAAGGGUUGUGAUAAAUGUUGAGCGAGGUGAAUGCGAUAGUUUCGUGCCCAUCAUCUGUGGUAUGAGCGCAAAUGCAGACUCAUUACAAUUUUGCUACACACCAACGUUGGUUUUUCUACCGGACAGUGUGAGUGAUGGUUCAUCACAACGCAAUACGGGUUAUUCGUUGAUACCUCGAGGCUCACAGAGUGUUAAAGUCUUAUCCGAAGUGCCGAUGUUCAUCGUUGUUCUCUUUCAAAUACACCGUCAUCAUCUUCACAACGAGAUGAUGGACUUCAUACCGCUGAUUGUGCAAUACGUCAAUCUUUCAAUACCGAACGAACAGCGCACGAGUCAGAUAUUCAAUACUGCUCUUGCUGAUGAAUUCUAUAACUCUCAGAUUCGUGCGUUAACAUUUCUUGGGUAUAUCGCACGUAAUCCAAUUUUCAAUAUGGCUGAUGUGAUGAACAGUCAUUCGGCAUCACUAGUGCAAGGUAUUGUACAACUUAUGGAACGUUGUCCGCAUGAUGUUCUUCCAAUGCGACGUGAACUCAUUGGUACUACAAAAAGUUUUUUUCAAUGUGAAAUGCGCACAAAAUUUAUUCCAAUUCUACCGAGGCUCUUCAAUGAAACACUUCUGAUGGGUACUGGAUUCACAGUUAACGAUCAUAUGAGUUCGGUGUAUACAUUUUCAAAAAGUGUUCACGAUCAAUCACUACCUCCAUACGUUCAAGCGAUGUGUUGUAAAUUAAUCAUGAAUCUUAUUGAUUCGUUUAUUGCUGCUGAAAAAAGUCAUUCUGAUCAACCGUGUCGUGAUAUGCUGUUUUGGACGAUGGAAAACUAUGUGCGUAAAUUCAAAGUGAUUGCUCAGUAUCACGUUCCACUUUUAUUCGAACGAAAUGCUGGUAGUGUAAUUGGUGGUCGAUUAAGAAAUGACGAUAAAACUGAUCGAUCGACGUUCCGAAGCAGCACCGUUGAAAAGAAACUUGUUGCACCAUUGAAGAUGCGCNCGCAUACGAAUGUGAAUGUUGCAUUAUCGUUAUCACAGGAUGCCGAUGUUGCUAAGUCCUCUGAAGAAGCUGCUAAGAAAGUGGCAUCGUCCGCUCCAUCUGGCAGUGCAUAUCCACCAUUGCCUCAGCCAACUAGAGAUGGUAAAUUUGAAACGCCAAAUGAAAUUUUAUCAUAUUACUGGGUACAGACGGCACCGCCAAUGUCUGUAGCGGACGCAAAAAGUAUUGUUCGUGUUCUUGUACAAGCAUGUAAACAUAUCGUGCACGGUCUCAAAGAUACACAUCUUACAAAUCUGAGUAUGUCACCAACACGUGAAGUUGAAAUAAUGGAACGUUUGUUGCGUUAUGGACUUCGCUGUUUGGAUGUCUUCAUGAUCGCUCCAUUACCACCCAGUCAAAUAUCACCCGCAAUGCAACGAACAAAUGGUGUACGGUCGAAAGAUGAAAAAGAUUCACUAGAUUUGUUCGCUUCUAUUUAUACACUCUUAAAUCCUUCAGUUUUCAAAGAAAUUUUCUCAAAGUAUAUUGAUUUUUUUAUCGAGCGUAUAGCACAGAAUUAUGCACUUCAAGUGAUUUGUAAUGCGUUUUUGGUACAUCCAUCAACAUCUGCAAAAUUUGGCAACAUACUCGUUCGUUAUCUGAUGAAUAAAUUGCCCGAUAUGGCUGCGAAUACGGAACGUGCGGCAUUAUAUUUGAAAUUAUUCAAACUUGUUUUCACAUCGGUUUCGUGUUCCCAAUCAACUGGUUGUAUUGAAAAUGAACGUAUGCUAAGGCCGUAUCUUCACGAUAUGGUACAUCAAUCAAUGGAAUUGGCAUUACGAGGACGUGAGCCGAUCAAUUAUUUCCUCUUGUUGAGAGCACUUUUCAGAUCGAUUGGUGGUGGUAGUUAUGAUCUGCUCUAUCAAACUUUUUUGCCAUUAUUACCAACACUUCUACAGCAACUGAAUCGUCUACAAAGUGGUGCACAUCGUACACAGAUGCGAGAAUUAUUUGUUGAAUUAUGUCUGACCGUACCUGUGAGAUUAUCAUCGCUGCUACCGUACUUACCGCUGCUUAUGGAUCCACUAGUAUGUGCACUGAAUGGUAGUCCAACCCUUGUUCAUCAGGGUCUGAGAACAUUGGAGUUAUGCGUUGAUAACCUUCAACCAGAGUAUCUGUACGAGCACAUGGCGCCAGUCAGGGCGCAACUGAUGCAUGGAUUGUGGAAGUCGGUCUCGAAUCCAGACAAAACUGCGCCUCUUAUUGCGUUUAGAAUUCUUGGCAAAUUUGGUGGUUCCAACCGUAAAAUGUUAUCCGAUCCUCAAACGCUGACAUUCAACGCAACUCCUUGUGCUGAAUAUCCAUCGUUAAAACUCGUGUUCCAACGCAGUCUACCAACAGCUUACGGUCCUGAUGAAGCGCAUUUCAUGGAUGAGGGUGGAACGCCACUGAGCUGCGAACUAAGUAUAAGUGAAGCAGUGCGUGCAGCACUAGAACAUCUGCGAUCGCCAUUUCAAAUCGACUCAACGUUCCUGUCGAUCACUUCAUCAUCCUCUUUGCCAUGUUCACCUCAACCGUCACCACUGUAUAUUCGACGGCAUUCAUUCAUUCUCAUCAAAUGCUUCCUUUUGAGUGCAUUGAUUCCUUAUCGACCCACCAUUUUCAAGAAUCACUCGCUCAAACAGCAUCUCGUCGCUCAACUUGAGGCAGUUAAAGCUGACCAAAAUGAAUAUCAUCAGCAAAUAUUCCAUUGCAAAGACGAAACAAGUCGUGCGCUCUUUGUUGAUGCUUUGACGGCACUUUUUUUUGCGGUGGUAGCAAGAGAUCAGCGAAACGAAGUGUUGAGUUUCUUUAAUGCAAUCGUACGCCAAUUGACAAUACAGUCGAUAUUCGAGCAGUGUGGAAAAGGUCGUAAUGCAGUCAUUGAUGGGUCGUAUGAGUGUAUGGAUGGAGCGAUUCUCGUUGAUGCCAUUUUGAAUGCAUUCGCUGAUCCAUGUAAAGAUAUUUGCCACGCGGCUAUUGUCGCACUCACUUAUAUGAAAGACACUUCGAUUGCGUUAUACGGUGAUAUUGAAACGGCAGCUAAAGCACCUUUAUUUGGCUAUGUAUUAAAACGCGUCUCAACACUGUGCUAUCGUCAAGCAUGGUAUGCACGUCUCGGUGGUUGUACGGCUCUUAAAUUCAUUAUGGAAGAUUAUCCUCGUUGGUUGAUUGUCGCUCAUAUUCGUGUUAUUAUUGCGGCUCUUUUUGAGGUAAUCAUCGGUUUGAGCGAUGAAGUUUCAAGUUCAGCGAUUGAUAUGUCGAUCGAAGCAAUCGAUAAGCUGCUCAUCGUGUGUUUUGGUGGUAGCGAGCAACAUGAACCGGAUUUGUUGUCAGUUUUCAUGGAAUAUGCUGUUAAUCACUUGGCUACAUCAUCGUCGAUUUUAAGAGAUCAGUGUCGCCGUUUGAUUGCGAAUAUUGCCGAGUUAACAUCGAAAUCGGAAGCAUUUACUUAUAUUUAUACUCAGAAGCCGUUACUGUUUACAUUUUCACUGAGCGUGGCACAUGAAAAUGAAUUUGCAAAUGAAUUGAUAACUAUAUGUGGUACUGAUGACAUGUGUUUGAUAAGUCGACCGAACUAUCAGUCGUCACGUGCAGCUGCGGUCGUUCUGAAUGCUCAGAAUCAAGCUCGUUUACUCACCUUACGACAGGCAGUGAUCAAAGCGAUUGUUGCUUGUUAUAUAGCUGCAUCGGACGAGUCCACUGCUGAUAAGUGCAGUGGCGAAGGUGAUCCGGCCUCAGCACCAACCACCGAUGAUCCAUCAAGUGAUCGUUCGUUGCCCACCGCGUCGUCAGCAGUUCAAUCAGCAGCAGCAGCAACAGCAGCAGCUCCUUCUGAAGCAGUCGAGGCAGGAGUCGAUAAUGCAUCCUCAACUCUCGUGGACAGUCGUUCUACAGUGGAAUACGAUCGACUCUUUGUCACUGCAUUGAAAUGUCUCACAAGUAAUGGCAAUCAAAAACUUCAACAUACUGCUUUUAUGGCUCUUAAAGAGUCGAUAUCACGAGUACCGGUUAACGUGCGACUGUUGCAAUCAGAAAUGAGACCGAUGUUAAUCACUUUACAUGAAUACUCUCAACGAGCACUGAACAAGAACAUCGUUGCAAGAUUACUUUAUUUGAUUCGUUUAUCACCGAAUGCCUUCAACACUAAAUUCGCCGAUCAACUCCUCAUGCAUUUAACGAAAUGGCCAGAUGCAACGCAUGCGAACUCAUCCACAGAUGAGAUGCGUACUGGUGAGCUGGUACUGGAAAUUGUUUGCGAAUUGCCAACUGCCGAUGCUCGUUUUAUUGACGUCGUUAUACCGCUGGUGGCCAGAUGGGAAACGUCUUUUGUUGUUGAUGAUGAUAUUAAUUGGCGCUAUCCUCUAUUGAAAUUCCUGCUCAAAUUCCCUCGAGAGACGAUUCGUUUUUUCGUUCUCAACGACAGUAUCACAAACGAAGGUGUUCGAACGCUAUUCAAAACUGUUGAUGAUGUAUGGACAAAAUGCUCAAUGAAUAUAUGUGAUAUGGAGAUGCUGGCAUUGAAAUUAAUCACUAACAUUGGUAAAAGACAUCCUAAUUGGGCGUCGAAACAGUCGGUUAAUAUUGUACGCGUUGUGCAGUCGUUAUGGAAUGAUAAAGAUUUUCGAUUACGGUACACUUGCAAGGAUUAUAUGGAAGAGCCGAGAUAUGAAGUGCCGAAAUUAGCCGCAUUAAUAAUGCUUCGCUAUUUCAAAGAGAAUAUCGAUGAGAUUGAUAUUUUAUUUGAUUUGUGUCACGUUUUCACGAAUAAUUUCAUUGGUGAUUUCACAUUUUUGCGUACGUUCAUCGACGACGAAGUGAUACCGAAAUAUCCAAUUGAAUGGCGUCAAAAUGCAUUGAAACGCGUUGUGAAGAUGUUUGAAGAUGAUCCGUCGACAUCGCAUAAUGAUAACGUUGUUAAGAUGUUACAAUAUAUCGUUAUACCAUCGUUGCAUUUCGCCUUUCAACGAUACAAUGUUGAUGUGGUUGUUGGCACUCCAGCGAAUCCGGACGUUGUUGAUGAUAAUAAUUUAAUUUCGUUGGUUUGUCAGAAAGUAUUAGAUCGCACAAAAUUUCAAAUGAGUGAUGCAAUGCUCAUUCAAUUAUUCCAUUUAGGAUGCUUAUUUGUUAGCAACUGUCCAACACAUAUCCACGACUUCACACAGAAGAAACAGGGUAAUCGUUUGCGAAUUCUUAUGCUCUUAGGAUGGCCAUGUUUAUCAGCAACACCACAAGAUCAGACGAUGAAAUAUAUGGGUCACUUACUUAUUUGUCACAUUAUUAAACAAUUCAACAUUAAUCGCAAGAUUGUGCUUCAGGUAUUUCACAGUCUUCUAAAAGCAUAUCAUACCGAUCCAAGAGAGGUUGUCAAAAAAAGCCUCGAUAUCCUGACGCCAUCGGUGCCGGUUCGGAUGGAUGAUGGACAUAAACAGAUGAUGACAUUUGUCAAGAAGACAAUCAUCGAAGAUAGUCACAACUUACCACAGUUGUUCCAUUGCAUGUCGAUGGUGGUUCGUCAUUACAAAAUUUACUAUCACGUAAGACAUCAGAUGAUUCAAUUCAUAAUGAACGGUGUACAAAGACUGGUCAUAAGUCAAGGUAAUAUUGAUAAUCGACGAUUGGCCAUUGAUGCAUGUGAAAUGGUCAUCAAAUGGGAACAGUGGAGACUGAAGCAGAUUCAUGAUGCGGCUGAAGCUGCAGCUGUGCAGCAAGCUCAAGCACAAGCAGUCACACAACAGUCAGAAGCGUUCACAUCUCAGUCUCAGAGUACGCCAUCAACCCUGCCACCAGAUCCAAAUUCUAACUCGAAUUCAAGUUCUAAUAUAUGCGCUCAAUCGCAGCCAGUAGCAACGACUGCAAUUCCAUCGUAUACGAAACAAUUACAAGAUGAAGAUGAUCUCCAUAAACCGAUUGAUAAAAUAUUCGUGGAUAACGUUGUGAAUUUAUUACUAAAGCUGGCAACAUCGGUACCUGAAAAUUCUCCGAGCGCAAAUCAACAAGCUUUGAUGGUUGAACAAUUGAAUAAGCGUAGUCUUGGCCUUCUGAGAGCUUGUUUAAAACCGAACAUGUGGGGACGUACAGCUACGAUCAGAGUGGUGUGGUUGGACAAGCAGUUAUUGGCAUCAAUUGAAUGCACAUCACAGCAGUAUCGCGAGCAAGCACCAACUGCGCAUCAGUUAACUCAGGCACAAGCGACACUCGAUGUUUUAGCACAGCUCGUCGUUAUACUCGUGAUGAGAAGUUUGUAUCAGUUGAUAGCAAAAUUAUUCGAGAAAACAAAAAGUUCACCAGAAGGUCUUGAUGAAUUGGAGACUAUCAAUCAGUCUGUUACUAAAUUCAUCAAUGAUACGUUCACCAAUUAUGAAAGAGCGGCCACUCAACCAGUUCAAGGUAUAUUUGGUACUAUUCAUCUGUUACGAACCAUUUGCUCAAUUCAACCAGCCUACGUUGAUACGAUGUGUCUGCAGACUUUUUUGAGGGCCCUACAAAAGCUGGUCAAGGAUCAUAUUGCAGUGACAUCUCUGGCAGAAAAUAAGGGUCAUGCAGUUGCUGAACUGAUUAUCUAUUCAUUGGAACUGCUACGUCCUCGAAUGCACGCUCUUCACUCGGAAAGUCGUCGUACAAUCAGUCAGUACGUGCUGCAUCCAUUAAUUGAUAAAACGAAUGUCGAUCGUAUAUUGGAUGUAGUUAUAAAAGUCGUUGAUGAGAUGGUUAGAAGUGGAGAUGAGAAGCAGCCGAAUCAAGGAGUACCAUUAUUGAUACGACUUAUGCAAACGUUUGAUAUACAGCGCCGUUACGAGAAAAGUGGUGAAAUGUUAUUAUCGUUGCUGAGUACUGUUUUGUACGUUUAUGAAACACCGCAUUUGAGAACAACCGAAACGGCUGCUAAAUUAAGCGUGGCUUUUCAUUGGGGACUUUCCGUGGCGGAUGAAGCGUUGCGUAAUCGCUUCUUCAGAGUAUUCGACGCUCAAGUACCACGAAAGGUCUACGAACGACUCUAUCACAUAGUGGCACUACAGAACUGGAGUGAUAUGCAUCAAAAUUUUUGGAUUAAGCAUUGCAUCAAUUUGAUGUUUUCGUCGAUAAUGGAAGAAACAAAAGAUUGGAAAACGACGCCAGUUUGGCGAACUGAAUUGAAGAAUUGUGCAACGUUAUGGCGAACAUUCGAGUUAAGCUUUCAACUCAAUGAAUUCUAUAGUAAAAUUCCAUUGAGUAAAGAAAAUGAAGAAUUGUUCGAAUUGGAAAUCGAAACAGCUGAUACGAUUGAAGAUGCAGACGUAUUGGAAAUCGAUCCAACAGUGUCACAACAAUCUUCAUCAAGCCAACCUGAAACAUCUCGUCUCGACUCGCUCAUCGAUAAGCAAAGUCAACUUUUCACUUCAGCAGCUCGUUUCCAUAUAACACAUUUGUUACCAAGUUUCGUCGAAUUGAUUCAUUACGAUACUGAAUUGGCAUCAAAAGUAUGGAUUAAACUGUUUCCGUCGUUGUGGGCUGGUCUUACCUCUUUAGAACGAGCCAGUUUGGAGGCUGAAAUGAUGCCGUUCCUUGUUUCUGCGUCGCAUUUGCCUCAGAAGGAUAAUACAUUCUCGGCUUUAGCCACCUUUCUGGAGGCUGUUUGUCGAUGUCGACCCGGGCUUCGAUUUCAAUCCAAUAUUCUCAAGUAUGUUUCGUGCACUCAUCGUGCCUGGCAUCGAGGACUAAUCUUACUUGAACAGGAUGCGUUAUCAAUCCCUCGUCUUCAACUCAAUCCAGCCUUACUCGAGUUACACACUCCGCAAUUAACCUCCGAACAUCUCGCUGUAUUAGAUAGUUUAUCUGAGAUAUAUAAUGAUUUAUCGGAAUGGGAUCAGUAUGAGGCCAUUUGGCGCCAACGAGCAUAUUACGAAAAUACAUCUAAAGCAAUCUCUUUCUUGAAUCAUGGUGAAUAUGAUAAAGCGGCUGAUUAUUUUGAGUCGUUGAUGGAAACGACCAGUGAACGAUUAACGAAUGUAAAAUCGGGUGGUGCAGUCAUUUCGCUAUCGCCUCCACUCUAUUUGGAGUCUUUAGAAUGGGAAAAAAAUUGGACGAAAGCGAUGCGUGAAUUGAAUUCGUGGGAAUUGAUUCGUGACUAUUCAAACUCACAAUCCGUACAAGAUUUGGCCAAUAUUGCUGAGGCUAGUUGGCAUAUCCCGGACUGGACGCUAAUGAAAGAAAGUGUAUCGCAGAUCGACGGCUGUGUCCCUCCUUCACUCUGCUACAAAAUUCAGCUCUACAAAUCAAUGCUUAUGGUUAUUCAACCGGAACACGAUGACACCACAGAGAUAUUGUACAAUCGCAUAUCGAAAACAUUGGAAGUUGCUAGUGAACAGCUGAUUAAGCAGUGGAAACGUUUACCGAGUAUUGUAUCACAGAGUCAUAUUCAUAUUUUGCAAGCUGCUCAUCAGGUACAAGAAAUUCUUGAAGCGAGUGCAAUUGCGAGUCAUUUGAGCGGCGCUUUACAGAGUAAUGUUAUCAAUGACGUGAAAUCAAUCAUUAAGACGUGGAGGAAUCGUUCACCAACAUUAGCGGAUGCAUUCUCACACUGGAUUGAUAUUCAUCAUUGGCGUUUACAUCAUUAUGUAUCAGCCGUUGGAAUGUUGCAAAAUUGGGAUACGACACAACCCGGUCAAUUGCAACAAACUCUUCUACCGAUCCAUUCGGCAGCGCAAUCACAAAUUCAGUUGGCCCGUGUGGCACGAAAAAAUGGUUUGAUCAACGUGGCCAUGGAUUUGAUUACGAGGAUGCACACAAUGUCAGUGCUACCAGCAAUGGAUGCUCAGGCAAAAGUUUAUGAACACCUGAAGUGUCUUUUGAAGAAGGCAACAUUACUCGAUUCAACUGAUGAUGAGAAAAGGGAAACACUUCUAGAGGGAUUGGACGUCAUUGAGAAUACAUCAAUAAGUGCACUCACGAAGGAUCAUGUCUCGAAGUUGUUCACCAUCAAAGCAAGAAUUCAAUCGAAGCUCGAUUUAAACGAAGAAGCAAAUUUGUCUUUCUCAACUGCAUCGGCAAUGCAUGAAAGUUUGACAUUGGGCAGCCCUGUGUGGUCGCAGUGGAGUGAACAUCUCGAGCGAGUAUUCAAUUCAGACCGAUCAGAAUCGAAUGCAUUAAGAGCAGGUGUGGACGCAUUAUCGUGUUUGUUGGAAGCUUUGAGGGUGGAUAAUGAAUUAAAAACACGUAAGUAUGUGGUGAGGUUGUUGUGGCUGAUUAAGUUGUUGAGUAUUCACGGUCCUGAAGUACAAAAGAGGCUGGAUGAGAGACUGAAGAAGAUGGGCGUUGGAGUUCCGGCAACAAAUUGGCUGCCUUGGUUACCGCAGUUAAUAUCCGAAUUGAAAGCAAGGCCGUCGGAUGCCAUAGCUAAUAUCAUUUGCCAUGUCGGUGAAACGAAUGAACAGCAAACGUUUUGUGCGAUACGUGAAGCGAUACGCUUCGAAUUGGUCAACGAAAGGGUUAAGCAAACGUUGGAGAAGAACGGCGGUGAUGAUGAGAUAAAUGUAAUGCAACAUGACGAUGCAUCGUUGUCAGUUUUCGAGAGUAUUUUACUGAAUGUAAUCAGUAAAUUGUGUAAGCAUCGACCACCUGAUAUAAUGUCUUUGAAUCGAAUUCUCAAUGAACUGGAUUCCAUCGGUGAAUGUUGGGUGGAACGUAAUCUUCGAAUCGCUACACGAAUCCGAACCAAACUGCUCGAAUUUGCUUUCGAAAAUCGAAAUGAUGUCUCAUCGGUGAUCGUCUCCAAAGAAAUUGAGUGUGAAAUAAGUGAAUGGACUCGUUCAUUGUCUGAUUUUUCAAAUCUUACCGAGCACUGUGAUAAAGAGUUCAUCGAAUCGUCUUCACGAAUGAUGACCGAACAGUUCGACUUAUCGACGUUAGCAAACAGUCGGGUGAUGCGAAUCUUGAGUCAUUUAAAUCAUUGGAUUACAGUAUUGGAGAACAAAUUCGAUAGCAUGCCAAACGAGGGUAUGCUUCGUGAUUUAGCGCCGUAUCUUGCUUCGUUCGGCAGUAAAAUGGCCAAUGUUGAAACAUUUGGUGACUCAACCGGUGUUAAGAUUCAUUGUUUCUAUCUGAAACGUUGUCCUGAACGUCGACGAACUGGAGUAAAUCAGUUGUUUACAAUGAUAAAUCAUUUGCUUACGAAAGAAAGGGAAACAUGCCGUCGCUUGUUGCAAUUCUCAGUGCAUCGUGUUCUUUCGUUGAGUCAUUCUGUGCUCGUUGAGGGCCCACUGAACGCAGCACAGGCUUAUCCAACAUUUCACGAUAUCUUAUGUGACAUACUUCGCUCAUCUCAACAUUCAUGCAAAGUGCCCACUGCUCUAGUAACCAGAUACUACGAUCGUAUAACAGAGGCACGAGGACGUGUGACGGGCGGUGUACUCUGGGAUAUCAUAAACGAGAUGACUUCGCAGAAUGUUCUCGCGGUUGAUUCUUUAACGAAAUGGUUAAUGGCUCGAUACGAUGAUGCUACUCAUUACUAUACAUUAAGAAAACAGAUGGCCUUACAUCUGGCGUUGUUUUCUAUUUGUGAAUAUGUCUUUCAACUGACCUCAUUCAAUCUCGAUUCCAUAAAUCUCAAUAUGAAUACAGGACAACUGUCGAAUACAGAAUUGGAUUUUAAUAUUCGAUCAAAAACAUUAGCACUCGACUCAAAUCGUGCUGUGCCAUUCCGCCUUUCGGCCAAUCUCAACAACUUUCUUGGCCUAUCCGUUGAAGGUCACUUCAAAUGCAGUAUGCUUGCAGUAGGGCGUUGUUUAGAACAACGGAACGCGGUGAUCUAUGCACGAAUCCUUCUUUGGGAAGCGUAUGCAGAACGUAUGAAUGUGAACGAAAUGAAUGCUGCUGGGGUUAUUGACCAAGUUGGUUGUGCGCUCGAAAUGAUACAAAAUCGUUUGAAUGGUGUUUCAAAUGUCGAUUCUGCAUUAGAGAACAUCGCAAAUCUAACGCAAACGGCACGUUCUCUGGAGAAUUUAUCACGUAUGGAUCCGAAUUGGCAUCCGUGGUUUUAA